AUGCCGUCCCGCACAAAGCCAACAUUCACAGCCGCCGAAGUGAAGUUGCAUAAUUCCGCGUCAUCGUGCUACGUGACCAUCGGUUCUGAAGUGUACGAUGUCACCGAAUUCGUCCAAGACCACCCUGGUGGCAGGGACCUUAUCCUUGAUUAUGCAGGCCAGGACGCAAAGGAGAUCCUACAAGACCACGCGUCUCAUCCUCAUUCUGAAGCUGCAUAUGAGAUACUCGGCGACUACCAUGUGGGCUUUGUAGUGUCUCCAAAAGCUACCGACUCCAACGACUCUGUCCAGUCUUCCCACAAUGGUGUCGGCAUUCAAGAUGGUGGCGUCGAACCGCACCGCCGGACCGGCGUAUCCUGUGAAGAAGACCUGAGCAAGGUAACCGAUAUUGAAAGCGACUAUAAGAAACAUAAAUUCCUUGAUCUCAGCCGUCCUCUCUUUCCACAGAUCUGGUUCGGUAGGUUCAGCAAGGACUUCUAUCUUGAUCAGGUACACCGUCCACGCCACUACAAGGGGGGCAAUUCUGCGCCGGUUUUUGGAAACUUCCUCGAGCCUCUUUCCAAGACGCCAUGGUGGACGAUCCCUAUACUAUGGCUGCCCUGCGUUGUGUAUGGAACUCACUUAGCAAGUCUAGGCAUCGACAGUUCCUUUGCUCUCACUGUUUACUGGCUCUUUGGACUAUGCAUCUGGUCUUUGAUCGAGUAUAGUAUGCAUCGGUUCCUAUUCCACAUCGAGGAAUACCUACCCGAUAACAGGAUUGCCAUAACGCUACAUUUCUUAUUGCAUGGCAUCCACCAUUACCUACCCAUGGAUAAAUACCGCCUUGUUAUGCCGCCAGCUCUCUUUGUGGUCCUUGCUUUUCCUUUUUGGAAGCUAGCACAUUUCCUCAUCUUCGGCAGCUGGUAUGUAGCUACCGCUGUUUUUUGUGGCGCAGUAUUCGGCUAUGUCUGCUACGAUAUGACUCAUUAUCUAGUGCAUCAUCAGAACCUCCCUCUUUGGUACAAACAACUUAAGAAACAGCACUUGGAGCAUCAUUUUCUUGACUAUGAGAAUGGCUUUGGUGUUACCUCCAGAUUCUGGGAUGAUAUCUUCGGUACAGCUCCGAAACAACCACCAGUCCCAAUAACGCAGUAGCAUGACCGGAACACGCGAUGGCUUAUAC